AAGAUCAGUGGCUGACCUGCAUUGGUUCCUGUAGAAAACAUCAAAGGACACGGGUCGGACACAAGAACCUUUGUGCCCCAUUGAUCUCACCUCCCAACAACCAGCUUCUGUGCUUUCCGAAUGCAGGAAUGGCUCGCUCAGGAGGAAAGUGGAGACGUAAAGACUUCGGAAGGGGAAGGUCGCCCGGCCAUCACCAGCAGGGGGAGUCUGAAUUCCCCUGUGCAGCAGCUGUGACAGUUCACGAGGAGGUGGAGACUACUGACCUGCAGUCUAAGAUGGAGAAGGAACUGAGCUGAUGUAACGCUAAGUCAGCUCAGAGGUUCCCAAAAUGAUGUCAACAACAGCCAGGUGGCAUCUCCAUCAUGCAACAACAAGUUCCUCCGGCCUGCAGGACGAUGCUAGAGCUGAGCACACAGUCAGUGACCAAGACCCACUGCAGUGCAUCACACCUGGACUGGAGAUGAGGUGCGGGGGUCAAACACCAAGUUCAGGAGGGAACCAGAACCGCAGGCCAGCCAGCCUCGGAAAAUACAGAACCUGUGACACCUGUUCAGUCCUAUAAGCGAUCGAUUGCAGCACAGGAGGUAACGACGGAUGUGGAGCAGAAGAUCCACAAGUGUUUGAUGACAAAUGAUGUGGGUUACCUUAAUAAAGCUAGGAGCUCAAGAUUAUUAUGUAGGUUUUGGUGUCUAGUUUAUUCAUUCCUAAUUCCAGGUCUUAACUCUUGCUCUGGGUUUUGUUGACAGAAUAAUGUAUUUUAUUUUUAUUAUUACUCAAAGGAAGCAGUCAGGGGGGAUAAAUUAAUAAAGCUAGGAAUGCAGGAUAAAAUUGGGUUUGAUGUCUGGUUUAAUGUUGAACUGAAAUCUUAUUGAUUAAUUGGUCAUUUUAAAUUCCAGGUUGGUAAGGUGUGUCCUAAUUUCAGAAUAAUGUGUUUUAUUGGUUUAAUCUUUUCUUGCUCAAAAAGUCACAUCAGGAGGGAAUGUUGGGUAUUUUUAUAAUUGUACCUUUUUGAGGCCUAAAAGAUGCCAAUUUUGUGUUAUUGACACUGCAUGAAUCUCUGUUUUUGCCAACUGUUGUUGUUCAUGAAAGGUUGAGCAAGGAGGUUGAUUGCAAUUGAAACCUCUGUAACUCUGUAACCUGAGAAGGCCCCGCCUUCUCCCCCAUCCUUUGCUGUGAAUAAAGCCCCUGGGAAACUGAGGAGACUUGGGAGUGACGUGGGGAAGCCUCGGAGGAGGUUUCUCUGCGUUAACUCUCCAUGUUUUGGGGACUCAGGGUAAUAUGAGUAAAAGGUUUUAAGCUGCUAGCUAAACACGGCUAAAGAAAACCUGCUACCACUUCAGGAUCAUCCAUCAGCUGGGACUGAUUCAUCGUGUGUUCUUCACCACCGCAACCUGGACAGCAUGGACACAGAGUCAAGGAAGAGAGAGGAGACAGAUGAGAAACCUCUGCUCUUACAUUUCCACAACCAUCCAAUGAAAGACGGAGGUGUCCCAACCAGCAGCUUGGCUGGGCAGAUGACGGCAAAAGUUGGUGGAGGAGCAGAAACUAUCAAGAACCUAGAUCUGGACCCUAAUGAAAAGACAUCUGAUUCUUCAGAUAUUGAAGUUAGUGGAGAAGAUGAAGAUGAUGUCAAUCUAGACUCUGAGCGUUCAGACUCUGGGCCUGAAACUGGAAACGGAGACCAUGGCUGUAACGAGAACAAGUCUUCGGAGUCAGAUAUUAAGACCGUCAACAAAUCAUUUAGAUGCCCUGUGUGUGGUAUACGGUUCCUCCACAAGUGGUCUCUUCAGAAACAUGUGAGAGUGACAAGUCAUUCAGCAGUAAAGUGUUCGGUUAAUGCAAAAUGUGUGAAAGAGAAGCAACAUGGAGGCUCAUGCAGAAAAGUCCAGAAACAACUGAAAUCAUUUAGUUGUGAUGACUGUGGGAAAAAAUUUAGCCAAAAGUCCAGUUUAACCCAUCAUAUGAAUGUCCACACAGGACAGAAGCCCUUUGCUUGCGAGCUGUGUGGGAAUAGAUUUAGUGAAAAGGGAAAUUUAAACACACACUUGAAAGUCCACACAGGAGAGAAGCCUUUUGCCUGUGAGCUCUGUGGAUACAGAUGUACCAAAAAGGCACAUUUAAACGAUCACAUGAGAGUACACACAGGACAGAAGCCUUUUGCCUGUGAGCUCUGUGGAUACAGAUUAAGACAAAAACAUGGAUUAAACAAACACAUGAAAAUCCACACAGGAGAAAAGCGUUUUGCUUGCGAGUUCUGUGGGAAUAGAUUUAGACAAAUACAUAGUUUAAACACACAUAUGAAAGUCCACACAGGAGAAAAGCCUUUUGUUUGCGAGCUCUGUGGGAAUAGAUUUAGUGAAAAGGGAAAUUUAAACACACACAUGAGAGUCCACACAGGAGAAAAGCCUUUUGCCUGUGAGCUCUGUGGACAAAGAUUUAGCCAGAAACAUAUUUUAAACACACACAUGAAAAUCCACACAGGAGAGAAGCCUUUCACCUGUGAGCUCUGUGGAAAAAGAUUUAGGCAUAAACCUAGUUUAAACACACACAUGAAAGUCCACACAGGAGAGAAGCCUUUUGCCUGUGAGCUAUGUGGAAAAAGAUUUAGCCAAAAGACAACUUUAAAGAGACACAUGAAAGUCCACACAGGAGAAAAGCCUUUUGCUUGCGAGCUCUGUGAGAAUAGAUUUAGUGAAAAGGGAAAUUUAAACACACACAUGAAAGUCCACACAGGAGAGAAGCCUUUUGCUUGCGAGCUCUGUGGGAAUAGAUUUAGUGAAAAGGGAAAUUUAAACACACACAUGAGAGUCCACACAGGAGAAAAGCCUUUUGCCUGUGAGCUCUGUGGACAAAGAUUUAGCCAUAAACAUAUUUUAAACACACACAUGAAAGUCCACACAGGAGAAAAGCCUCUGUGGAAAAAGAUUUAGCCGAAAGACACAUUUAAACAGACAGAUGAGAGUCCACACAGGCUUUUCGCCUGUGAGUUCGGUGGAAAAGAUUUACCCAAAAGAUCAAUUUAAAUGGUCACAAAAGAGUCCUUAAAGGACAGAAGCAUUUUGCUUGUGAGCUCUGUGGACAAAGAUUUCGCUGUAAGAAAACUUUAAACAAUCAUCUAAGCUUCCACUAGGGCUGAAUGAUCUAUUGCAGGGGUCUCCAACCUUUUUUGGCCCGUGAGCUACUUUUACACAAUGAAAGUACAGCAGAGUUACUGCCAUAUAAUUUAUUUACAUUGAUACUUUCCAUGUGUGAACGUGCUUAUGUUAAACAUGUUAUACUUACUAUAUUAACAUGCAUUGUACUCACAAGUUGAUUUCUCUGUAUUUCAGUACAUCAGUAUAUAUAUUUUUUAAAAGUAUAAGUAAACUAGUGACAUUCUGAAAACCAAAUUGAACAAAACAUAUUUAGUUUUUUUUAACUAAUCAGAUACUUUCAGAUAGUGAAUAACAAAUCUACUUCAUGUGAAUGAUUUGGUAUUUUUUUAGAAGGUUAGUAACAUAAGUUUUUAAGCACACAGGAACAGCUAACCUGUAAAGCUGAUGAUAUUUUAUAUAAAAUAAAGGCUAAAUAUGAUGAAAACACAAAAGUCUAAAUAGUUUGAAUUGAAGUAAGAAAUGUAAAAUCAGAAAUAAGAUUUGUUCCUGCUCUCCUGAUUUAUUGAAUAAUUUUUAUGUUUUUUUUUUUGUCUUGAAAGUUAAGUUUUGCUGCGUUCAUUGCUGAUAAUAUUAAGGUUGGAGGUUUAUCUUCUUUUCUGCAUGUUUUAGGUUUUUUCUCCGCAGGUCUGAAGGCUGUGCGUUACACAGAGCAGAGAGACAGAGAGCAAGAGACCACAACCAAAAGAAAUGAUCACAUCAUACAGGGGUGGACCGUUAAAGCGCCCGAGCGCCAAUGGCGCUAAUUUUUCUCGUCGUGCGGUAAAUACUUGACGACUUACCGCCCGGGUGGCGCCCAAGCCUUGUUUGUCAUUUACACACCGGCUUUCACCUACAUCAUGGCCCCGCCCUGUAGGAAGCCGCCGUUUUCGUUUUGCGCGCGUGAACCUGCGCUCCUCUAGCCACGUACUGCACUUGUACGAUUCACGCACGUACUGCAUGAUUCUAGUUGUAGUCACGUGAACUAUUAAAGAUGAAGUGGAACCACGCUAGAAACACACAAGCAUGCAAGAAGAUCGCGCCACCAUAGGGUUUGGAUUUCUUGAUGAAAUCUCUGGGAAAACGCUUUAAAACUGUUGAGGAGAAGCGAGACAGUUCGAAACGGUAUGAAGCAGAGAAGCGUGUGCGUAGGUGGAAUGAUUCUUGGCGGUUUAAAGAAGACGGGAGGCGCAGAGAAUGGCCGUGUUCGAGUUGAGCAAAGCCGGCGUUUAACGCCGGGGACACACCGGCCGCGGAAGCGCCGAGAAGCGAAUCGCUCACGAAAUUCGGCCGCUGCUCGCCGCUCCUCAGUUCAGAUCAGACGCACCCCAGUCGAGGCGCGCCUCGGCUCAGCUGUAGUUUUUCUUUUAACUACUUGGUGUCCUCCAUUUCCCCUCUGCCUUUUCUCAGCUCUUUUCCUCUACGUGUGUGUGUGUGUGUGUGUGUGUGUGUGUGUGUGUGUGUGUGUGUGAACCUAUGGUGUGAACCAGUUGUUUCUGCCAGUUGAAUCUCUUGGAACCCGCUCCAGUUCUGCAGCUGUAUCCUAACAGUUUCUUCUGAAAUGGGUACUUAAAUAACCAUGUUUUUCGGGGGUUUUACAGCUCUUUAUGUGUCCUUGUGUUUCUCAACUUCCAUAAUUAAUUUAAAGUCAUCCAUCUUAACUGCUUGCCUCAGACUUUCUGCCUCUCUGUCCUGUUUGCUCCGGUAAAAAGACACCCAAAAUCACUUACCCCUUCACGUGGUCACACACACACACAAGUUUGAUGUGUGUGUGUGUGUUUGUGUGGUUUUUCUGCAGUGUCGAAAACAUUUUACUGCGGAAUUUUAUUUUGAAAUGCUUUCUUUUGUUAAAUUUCCCGGCCUUCCUCUUAUGUCUAGGUUUGACUUCCUGCCAGAAUUGACGCUAUUCACCCGCGGCUCGCAAAAAAAAGAGCAGAAGCCGAAAUGAUCGCUGCACGGCGCGGGCUGAAGCGCCGGCGCAAGGCGAUUCGCGACGCUUCAGCGGCCCAUGUGGUCUAUAGAAUAGCUUAACAAGGGUGCCGAAUGAAGGCGGUCCCAUUUUCGCGGCGCUUCAGGGGCCGGUGUGUCCCCGGCGUAAGUCGGACAGAUUUCCCUACAUGUGUAGCUCGGGGGUGACGAUGGCUGAAGAUAUCGCGUUAGCAUUCACACUUGUUCAAUUUUCAAUUUUAAUUCUGGUGCCUGUUAGCAGCUGAAACACAUCCUCACGUGCUUGUGGAUGUCAUAUAUUCUAUAUGAAAAAUGACUAAUAAUAAGUAAAGGUUAUCAGCUGUAGGUUUAGUGUGCUCAUAGGAAAGGUGACAAAAGAAAACAAAAUACAUUUCUCUUUAUGGCCUAUAUAGUUGUCAUCAUCAACAUAACAUGAUUUACAGAAUACAUGUGACCAACUAACAUUUCAUGUUCUACCACCGGAUGUUUGGAUCAAAAUAUGAACCAAUCAGAUCUUAGAUCAAGUGAGAGCCAGGCGUUUCCCGUCAUCCCCUAGGUUUUGCAGCCGGUAGAGAACAACUGCAGCGCCUUGCUCCAAAAUCUGCGGCCGCCUUGAUCUCACGAGGUUAUCGUUGCCUACGUAUGCAUGACGUCAGAGCAAGUCGGGGUCAAGUCGGACACAAAUCUAACCGGCAUGCGCUGCUCGCCGAUCACUGCUGGUCUAAUCUGCGCAGAACUGGCUCAUCUCGAACACAGCCAAUGGCUCGAGUACAGCGAAGCGGAGUUGGUGAUGUACUGCGUUAUGUGCCAGAAGUCUGUGACGACAAAAUCGAGUUUUGUUGAGGGAACAAACAAAUUCAAACUUGAAUACGUUAUUAUGUUUGUGAAUGUGUACAAAAUAAAGGUUUAUUACAUUUAAAACGAUUCAGUUGUUAUUUUGACUCGUUUUGGCAGCUGACCAGCGGGGCCGGUAGAUUCUUGGCGGGGCCGGUAAAUUUUCAGAGUUACCGGCCCGGCUGGCCGGUUGGUUUUGAAGUUAAUGUCCACCCCUGUCAUACCAAUCUUAAAAUAUUUACAUUGGCUUUCAGUAACUUACAGGAUUUAUUUCAAAGACCUUUUACUUACUUUUAGAUCAUUAAAUGGCCAAUGACCUCUGUAUAGAGCAGAGAUGUUUGAAACGUAUCACCCUUCAAAAUCACUUAAGUCAGCAGAUAAAUCCCAACUGGUACAACCCAGAGCCCGCACCAAGCACGGAGAGGCUGCCUUUAGCUGCUAUGCGGUUCGUCUCUGGAACUGUCUUCCAAUAGACAUUAAGACCUCUCCCACCAUUUCCAUUUUUAAAUCCAGAUUAAAAACUAAACUUUUUCAUGAUGCCUUCUAUUAACCUAUCCUUGCAUCUGUGCUCUAUUAGGUCUUUAUCUGUACUGUGUUGAAUUUAUUUUAUAUGUAUUUUUAUGCAUACCUAUUCUGUACUGUUUUAUUGUGUAUCAUUGUGUAAUUAAAGUGAGUAGUUGUAAUAAAGUGUAGUUAUUGUGUAAAGCAGUAUUACUAGGAAUGAUUAAUAAAAAUAAAAACUAUAAUUGAACUUGAGUUACAUGGUAAUAACAAUUUAAGAACUCAGAAACAACAAUACACUAACUUACUAAGUAAUUACCAUGUAAGUACUAAGUAAUUACAGGACUGUUAAAGAAAGUGCUACCAAUAAUUGUACUUAAUAUGCUUUUAUUUUUGUGUACUAUGUUCUGUGUCAAUAUUCUUUUAUUUUAUUUUACACAACAUGAUGUGACAUUUUAACUUUUUCAUUUCACUUGUGAUUGUUUUAACUAUGUGAAGCACAUUGGGCUACCGUUUUGUGUAUGAAAUGGGCUAUGUAAUAAACUUGACUUGAGAGAGA